AUGUUUGCUCUCCUUUCUCUGUUCAUCCUGGGCGUUGGAGCCGCCGCCGCCAUCGAGUUGCCGCUCUACCACCAGCCGGCCCUCGUGAAGCCCCUCCUGAAGGCCGUCGAAGUGGAGGCUCCCGCCCACUAUGACUUCUCCUACUCGGUGCAUGACGAGCACACCGGCGACAUCAAGAGCCAGACAGAGUCCCGCAAGGGCGACCAGGUGCAGGGCCAGUACACGCUGAUCGACGCCGAUGGAUACCUGCGUACUGUGGACUACACCUCGGACGCGCAUAAUGGCUUUAACGCAGUGGUGCGUCGUGAUCCUUUGGGCCACAAAGUGGUCAAGGCUGCGCCCAUUGCCAAGAUCCUGGCUCCAGCCCCUCUGCCGCUAGCCUAUGGCCCCAAGCUCUUGGCUCCCGCCAAGCUGCCUCUUAGCCUGUACCACUAA